AUGGCGCAACUUUCUACCGCUCAAGUUCAAGCCCAUCUCUCAAACGACUCCGUUCUCUUCAUCGAUGUCCGCCGACCAGACGAGCUCGAAGCCGGGAAACUCGGCGCCAAGAACUUUUUGAACAUCACCCACACCAACGUUCCUUCCGAAUUCGCGAAAGAAGCGGGCGAUUUCAAGAGCGCUCAUGGAAUCGAAAAGCCGAAAUUGGAGCAGGAAAUUAUCGUCUACUGCCAAAAAGGGAAAAGAGGACAAAUGGCACAGAAUGCAUUGAUCGAACUUGGCUACAAAUCCGUCUCCAACUGGGAAGGUGGUUAUUCUUCUCUCUAA